AGAUCUACCCCCUGCAGCCCAGAGCACGGGGACAAAGCCACCAUGAAGAGCCUGCGGGCCAGGUUUAAGAAGAGUGAAGCCACUGCCCCUUCCUGUCACCUUGGGGUGCAUGUACCUGUUACCGCUCUGGCUGCUCCAAGCAUUCCUCCCUCAAGUUCCUCCCUCGCUUCUCUCUCCUGGAAGAUCCUCUCCCAUCUCCCUGCCUCUGUGAAGCAGCAGACCCUCCUGGCCCCUUCCCCAGCAGGCAGAGCAGGGCUUUCUGGGGAGAGGCUGCUGAGAUGUCACGGCGCUCAACCCAUCCAAGCCAGCAGGUCCUGCUUUGUCCCCACAGACAUCAAGCACUGCAGUGUUAGCGCAAUAGACUGUCCCCAGUCCUGGCACUGACCUGCUGAGUGAUCUCAGGCCUGUCACCUCCUUGCUCUGUGCCUCAGUUUCCCUCUCUGUGGAACAGGGAAAGCCCCACUCAUUCACCCUCUAGAGAGCUCAGGGCAGUUGGCCCUCCCUUCCAGGGGUGGAGGCAGCAGGGUUUGGCCCAUUGUGGUUCAGGAUGGGUCCUUUUGCUGCCUCUGGAGUGGAGCCCAACUUGUGUCUGGAUGCCAGGGCCCAAUAAACAUCUCUGUGAUUAUGAAGGUCAGAAGCAGUGGCCUCUGUGCAUGGAUCAGAUUCCCAUUGGAAACAGGAGAGGGCACAGCCAGAGGAACCAGUGGAAAGGGGAGAAUGAGAGGUAGAAGAAGACAAGGACAAAGUGGGAUUGGGGGGCCUGGGAUGGAGCAUACAUAUGGCCACAAUCCUGCCACUGACUCAGGGCACAAAGCCCCGCACCUGGGUGGUGCUCCUGGCAGGUUGGUGACUUGGGUGUCAGGAGCUGCAUGAAAUUGUUGCACGGUCAGAGAUCCCGGAUACCAGCGCAGUCACAGGCAGUCCUGUCUGCUCUCUGGAAAUUAUACGGUGUUUAGGUGGCAUCAGUUCCCCAGCUCUUAGUGGGAUCAGUCCUCCACUCCUGGUGGGAUCAGUCCCUGGCUCAGGGUCGCCGGCUGUGCUGCAGCCCAGAGAGCUGCUCCUGUGAGCCCUCGCUCUCUCGGGUUUCCAGAUCCCCAGAGCUGAAGGAGUCCGGUUUCCACCGAUUGAAUUAACCCGCCGAGGCAGGAAACCAAUACACUCUUCCAUUAUUUAGCAGCAUCCAGGAGGAACCCGGCCUGGCAGCUUUAGGCUUCUGCAUGCUGUGUCCAUCCGCUGGGCUUCCUCUCCUGCUUCAGGCUGCAGCUGGGCUGGUGGGAAGGCCUGGGGGAGCAGGUGUGUGGAGCCCAGGGAAAUGGAGCGCAGGCAGAGCCAGAAGUUUCUCUAGCCUGGAGAGAGGGAUGCCAGGCUGCAGGCUUCAUUCCUAGCCCACCCAGAGGGCUCGCCUAAAGGGUGGCAGGACUCUGUGCUUGGUUGUGUGUCACCAGUUGCUGAAUGGAAAACAUCCAAUGGCAAGUAGCAUGUGCAGAGAUGAGCCCACAUCUCCCACAUCAUCUGAGCUCUGUUGUGGACUCCAGAAAAGUCACUUGCCUGCCCUGUGCCUCAGUUUCCCCAUCUGUACAACAAGGAUGGAAACACUUCUGUGGCCCGUAGACCUGCGUAUCGUGGUAGGGUGAGGUAUGUGGAAGCAGCCAGCCCAUGAAUGCACACACAGGGAUGAUUUGAAACACACACCCCCGCAACCCCCAAGCCCAGCUCCGGCUGGUGCAGUGAUUCAGCAGGAAUCAUCAUGAUUUUUUCCUUCCCUUCUGUGCUGCUGGGUAGGAAGCACCACCUUCCCCAUGGCCUGGCCCCUCCGAGAGGCUCAUUCAAAGUCCUUCCCCUGGGCCUCUGCUCAAGAUGAAGCCAAACUGGGUUUAACCUUUUGUGCCCCAGGCAUCCUAGUGCACAUCCCACUGUCUCACUGCUCCCUUAAGACCCCUUUUGUUUUCCAUCUCCUGCCCUCAUCUCACGCUUGCCCUGUAGGAUCUCAGACAAGGGGCAGCCUUUUGCUCCAUAUUUGUACAGCACCUGGCACGGCAGGCUCUUGGUCGGGAACAGGCUGUCCUCAGUGCUCCAGGAAUGCCAGGAAACUGUAGGAAUAAUAAUGAAUAGAGGAGCAAGCUUGGUGGGACAGCCAGCUGCACAGAGAUCCCCCAGGAAUCAAGGAUCUAUCGGGGGUCCAUCUGGGGGUGGAAAUCUUUGUACAUUGUUGUGGCUAAUUUGGGGCUGAUGGUGCAGACAGGUGCCCCAACCCCUUGCUUCUCAGCCUCACUGGCCUCAAGGCCCCUCCAUAAGUUUUGUGAAUUGAGCAGCACCCAAUUUCAGAGCAAAUGCCUUGUUUGCAGCGCUUACUUCCUUGCAGAGGCUGGGUCGUGCGUGGGGAAUCAUCCAGGCAGGGGCAAGUCUGAACCUGCACUUGUCUGCUCGCUUUAUCUGCGGCACCCUUCAAAGGAUCUGGCAGCACCCCAGGGUGCCUUGGCACCCAGGCAGAGAACCGCCGCUCCCCCUCCCCGCCUGGGGUCCUGCCCCGGCUCUGGGCUGCUGAAGGGGGGGUCCCUGCUCCCUGGGUCGUGGUAGCCUGGUGGCAGGGGCUGUGCCCCCCCCAGCCUGGGUACUCUCCGCAGGGAGGGGGCAGGCGCUGCCCCAGCUCCCAGCUGGCAGGGCGAGGGAGGCGGAUCCUCCGCCCUGACUGCAGCGAGCCCCAGGAGGUGGGGGGCGGCUGCACGGGGCUGCGGAGCCGGGCAGCAGCAGGGGAGGUCUGGAGCAGGUGGAUGGAUGGCCGCCCGGCAGCUCCUGGACACCAUGAAGCAGAUCUGCCUGUGCGCCGCAGCCUCCUUCGCGAGCCAGGACUGGAGCAAGAAUGACGAGAAGCUCCUGCAGGCCGUGGACUAUAAUGAUGCCGAGCGCGUCACCACCCUGCUCGUGCGGAAGGGCCUCAUCCCCACCAAGCUGGACUCGGAGGGCAAAUCUGCGUUCCACCUGGCCGCCACGAGAGGGAACGUGGAUUGCCUGGAGGUGAUGCUGGCUCAUGGGGUGGAUGCCAUGACCAAAGACAGCUCCGGGUACAAUGCGCUGCAUUUGUCAGCCAAGCACGGCCACCCACAGUGUGUGAGCAAGCUGCUGCAGGCGUCCUGCCCGGUGGACGUGACCGACAGCUGCGGGCGGACGGCGCUCCAUCAUGCAGCUGUCAGUGGCUGCAUCUCCUGCUCUGAGAUCCUCUGCGAUUUCAAGGCCUCUUUGAACAUCAGGGACAAGGAUGGCUCGACCCCCCUGCUCCUUGCAGCCAAGAUGAGCCACUCAGAGCUGUGCCGCUACCUGCUGCACCGCGGAGCCUCGGUGAACAGCAGAGACCAGCAGGGCAGGACUGCGCUGAUGCUGGCCUGUGAGCAUGGCAGCGUGGAGACGGUGGAGGUGCUCAUCCAUGCUGGGGCGCGGGUCACCACGGUGGACGCCAUGGGCCACGACGCAAUUCACUACAGCACAGCCACAGGCAAUGCUCUGAUCCAGCACUACCUACAGGACGCCGCUCAGUGCCGGUCCUGGGCCAGUGAAGAGUCUUCGAUGGAUCAGGUCUCCCAGACGUCUUCGACCAGCCAGCCUCUGUCCAAAGACAAGAACAGCACCCCGCGGAAGAGGAAGGCCCCCCCACCUCCCCAGUCUGCCCUCAACCAGGAGGACAGGGACGCCUACGAGGAGAUUGUGCGGCUGCGGCAGGAGCGGGCCCAGUUCCUGCAGAAGAUCCGGAGCCUGGAGCAGCAGCAGGAGAAGCAGAAGCAGAAGUGGGAGAGGCAGGAAAUGGAGGAUGGCUCCCUGCGCUCCAUGGAGAAACAGGUAAAGGACCUGCAGAAGCAGCUGGCCGAGCGCGAGGGUGAGAAGACACAUCUGGGGAAGGAGGUGGAGGCACUGCGGAGCCGCCUGUCAUCGCUGGAGAAUGAAAAGGAGAACACGAGUUACGACAUCGACACACUGCAGGACGAGGAGGGCGACCUGCUGGAGUUCCCAGGGGCAGAGGUGCUGCUGUCCAAGAAGACGAUGAGCCUGUCCACGGAGGAGCUGCUGGCCACACUGCAGGGCCAGGUGCAAACCCUCACACUGCAGAACAAGGAGCUGCAGGAGAAAAUCCAGAUCCUGGAGAACUACGAGAGGGACGAGAGUGACCUGGACCCCUCGGGGGACUUCAUCCCCGUCCUGUUGUAUGACUCGCUGCAGGCUGAGUUUGAGCGCCUGAAGGGGCAGCACGCUGAUGCACAGGCUAUGCUGCAGACGCUGGAAGGUGGCAAGACCUCCGGGGCUGCUGGCCAGCCUGACACUGGGGCCACCCUGGAGCAGCUGAAGGCCAAGUAUGAGGCGAAGAUCCGAACCCUGGAGGAGGCACUGAGGAAGGCAGGGAAGGGCCAGGCUGGGGCUGAGGAGGAAGGGGGGACUGGCAGGGAGCGAGGCGAUGGUGACGAGGGCCUAAGGGCGGCAGCUGGGUCAGCGCUGGCCAAAGAGCUGGCCCAGACCCAGGAGAAAUACGAGGCAGCCUUGGCCGAGGUGCAGCGCCUGCGGGAGCAGAUCCAGCUGGGCAUCUUGUCAGUGGAGGACCAGGAGGGCGCUGAAGCCGCAGACAGCUCCCGCAGCGAGCUGGAGACUGUGCGGGUGGCACUGCACAAAGCCCAAGAGGACCUGAGGGCCAAGGAGCGACGGGUCAAGGACCUGGAGGAGCAUCUGGAGAGCCGGGCAGGAGCUGCCAGCCCGACCCGCUCCAUGGGGGAGACCGAGGCCAACCUCAGCCAGUCACUGGAGGAGGCAGCCAAGGAGAAAGCAGCGCUGCUGGAGCGGUGCCGGCGGGCCGAGGCGGCCGUGGAGGAGCUGAGGAGGAACGUGGAGGAGAAGAGCCGCGACUUCCAGCGGGCAGUGGGCCCGGCAGAUGGGCGACGGCUGGAGGAGGAAAACCAGGAGCUGCAGCAGCAGCUGGGCGAGCUGAUGCGGCAGCAUGGCGAGGUGAAGGCCCAGCUGGGGCAGCUGCGUGAGGCUCUGGCCCGCAAGGACCAGGAGCUCGGGGCUCUCAAGGAGCAGCUGGCCGCCAAGCCCAUAUCACUCCAGGAGCACGAGGACGUAGUGGACCGGCUGAGCACUUCACUGGCCCAUGCCAACCAUCAGCUGCAGGAGCUGCGAGUGGAGCACAGCACCAGUCAGCGCGCCCUGGUCCAGCUGCAGAGGGACGCAGACGGUGCCCGUCGGGACUCAGUGCCCCGGGGCGAGCACAUCCGCACCACGGCCGCACUGGAGGGCAGCUUGCAGGAGAUCAUGGGCAGGGCCCAGCAGCUGGAGCGGGAGCUGGCGGCCAAGGGCAAAGAGACGGCACAGCUGCGGGGGGAGCUGGCCAGCGCACGGGAGGGCACAGUGACACGGGCAGAGCACGAGCGGGUGCGCAGUGGCCUGCAAGCCGAGGUGACCGCUCUGAGCCAGAAGCUGAGCGAGCUGGGCCGCAAGCACGAGAAGACAUGCGCCGAGGUCUUCCAGGUGCAGCGCGAGGCCCUGUUCAUGAAGAGUGAGAAGCACGCGGCCGAGGCCCAGCUGGCCGCCGUGGAGAAGCAGCUGCAGAGCCUGCGGGCCGAGUCGCAGCGCGUCCAGGAGCUGCACCGCCACAUCGAGGACUCAGCCCGCCUCGUCAAGGACAAGGACAGGAAGAUCACGGAGCUGUCGAAGGAAGUCUUCAAGCUGAAGGAGGCGCUGAACGGGCUGUCAGAGCUGCCCACCAAAGCAGGAGCCCUGCCAAAGGCACAGCAGGGCCAGCUGGAGGCAGGGGUGCUGCAGGGCAGGAUCAAGGCCCUGGAGGAGCAGCUGACGGACAUGGAGAGGCACCACAGCAAAGUGGUCUCACUGUAUCGGGGGCACCUGCUCUACGCCGUUCAGGAGCUGGCACCGCAGGCCGGAGGACCGGCAGAAGGCCCCCCUGCGGGGUGGAUGGGCACCGGCAUGGCCCCGCUGGGCAGAAGGUCACUCACGUGGAACGCCGGAGCUCCCGAGUCAUGUGUGUGCGUGUGCGUGUGUGCACGCGUGCCCGCCAGCUUAGGCAUGUGCAACGCCUGCCUCCUUUGUGUCUGUGGUCUGCCGCAUGGCGAAGGGCAGGCCUGUCUGGGGCCGUGGCUGUGUGUGCUUCUGCAGGGAGACCUCCAUCUGAGCCCUCCCACUCCCCAGGCCAGAUCCAGGACCCCAGCCCUGACCCCCCCCCAACCCCAAAUGCCAGGGCAGAAGCCAGAUUUGCCUCCCCGAGCCUGUGAUAGCAGGUGUAGGGGCUGCCUGGGCUGGGGGCCGGAGCAAUUCCCACUCCAGGGCAGGGGGCCGGGCUCUGGCCAGCUCAGUGAGCACCUCUUCCUUCUGGGAAAUGGCCAUGUCUGGUGCCUGCCGCGAUGGCUGCCUCUGAGACCAGCGAUGUCCAGCCCUGACUCAGCUCCUGGGGCUGGCAGUGGGGCUGAGCCAAGACGGACAUCUCCUGUGGCCCCCGGCUUGGGGGAGGCUGGUGUGACCCCCAUCUCCUUACAGGGCCACAUGGACGAAGAUGUGCAGAGGCUCCUGGGCCAGAUCCUGAAGAUGCAGCGACUUCAGGAGCAGGGCAGAUGAGCACCGUGGGGUCAGCGAUCCCAGCCCGGCUCUUGGACCCUGGGCAGGGACACCCCAAGCCAGACAAUGGUGGAUUCACACAUG